UUUUAAUUAUAAUUUUGUUUUUCCGUAUAGAUUUCCGUUUUUCUUAAUUUUUGUUAGUUUAUUCCGAUUAAAAAAAAAAAAAAAAAAAAAAAAAAAUGAGAAUGAGAAUUUUUAAUUUUUACAUCUCUAAAAUACAGAUCUAAUUUUCUAUCCAAAACUACCUUCGAAAUCAAAAUAUCGAAGCUAUUUUCGACUAUUUACUGUACAUAGACACACAAAAAAUAAAAGUAAUACAAAAGUAAUAUAAAAUCACAGCAAGUGCAAUACCACUACAUCUUUACGCAAAACGAAACAAAGGAGAAAACCUACGGUUGUUUGUGAUAUAAUUAUUUAUUUAUUGUUUGUAUUGUUCUUAGAUCGGCUAUAAAAUGGUAGAUGUAUCAUAUAUACGACACGAUACUAAAGAUAACAAAGAAGAAGCAUUGGUUACGUCGUCAUAUUUAAAUUAUAGCCCAGAAGUUCUGCCUCGUCGGCCGGAACCUGAGUAUAUAUUUCUAGAAGGCGCUGGUUCCAAAAAACGUGGACGUUUUGAACUGUGUUUUAUUGAAAUCGGUACGUGGUACACUGUGGGUGCUACAAUCGGUACUGCACGAGGAUUACAUCAUGGCAUGAAAAUUGUAAAGCGCGAUAAACAAAAUCGUACAUAUAACAGGACACAGUUGAUAAAUAAUGUUUUAAAACAUGGAGGUAGUGUAUCAAAUAGAUUUGGAACGAUAUUUGUAUACUACAGUAUUUUUGGUAUAAUACUAGAGGAGAAUCGAGGUGAUAAAUAUGAUAACUAUAAUAGUAUCAUUGCUGGAACAAGCGCAGGACUUCUAUAUAAAUCUGUGGUCUUAGAAAUUGCGGCAUUGGUGGUCUUAUCGGAUUCGGCUUAACAAUGAUGUACAAUUUGAUUUCAUCAAAGUUUACAGUUAUAGAAAAAUUAAAGAAAACCACCAUCCAUCCAGGAAACCGAUAAAAAUAUUAUGUACAUCACAGGUGUCCAAUACCUCAUACUCCACCCAAUUUUGUUCAACUAUAGUACAUCGUAUAGUUUGUAUUAUUUUUUUUAGUUAUACAUUAUAUACAAUAUACAUUGUCAUAAUUAUAUACAAUUCUAAAAUAUUAUUUUUUUUUUAAAAAGGUCUUU